ACUACGUUUUAACUUAAAGCAUUUUCAAGCUUUCGAUAAUCAUUUAUAUGUUUUACAUUUAAAUAUUUUAGUUUAUUAUAGAAACAGUUUUCUUGUCACUGUUGUACUAAUUUAGGCCAGGCCUGCUUGGUUUUGUCAAUUAGACCCUGCAUUAUUACUUAAGACAGAAUUUGGUCAGUUCUGUGUUUGUUGCUAGUUUUGAAAGGAAAAUAAUCUGAAUCUGAUCAUGGAGCUAGUCGUCACAGCAGCCAUUGUGAUUCUUGGAGUCAUAUUUACUGGAGCUUUCCUAAGUUUGGUUUUGAUCUGCCAACAUAAGAAUAUUAGAGACAAAACUUCAAGAUACGUAAAAAAGCUUGCUAAGUCUGAUGUAAGCCAAUUUGAAGACUGCUUAAUGGAAUCGGACGUAGAGUUAGGUGAGGUCUGCCUGCAUCCGCACAUAGAGAGCAUCCUUGCGCAGGAAUGGGUGGGGGACGCUACGGGACUGGUGUCUCACUGCAUGGCGAUACUCAAGAUAUGCCAUCGGCUGGUCAACCACGUAGCAGACGUCGCGGUUCAUCCGGAACACCAGAACAGACUUCAGGAUAUAAUACAGGUGGCUAGGAGGAUCUCUAUCAGAGCAGAUGACAUGGUAAGGGCCAUGUACCCUCCUCUAGACGCUAGACUGCUCGAAGCGAGGACGGUGGGUCUGGUGUUGUCUGUCUCUCACCUCACUCUGGUGGCCCGCGUAGGAACCAAGCCUGACUGGAUACAACAAUCACUUGCGGAAAUGGACACACACCUCUUGGUGUUGAGGGAAGCUGCGUUGUCGCAGGAAGCAGCCUGUAGAAUACAGAACGUGAUUGCUUGAAAGUGCAUUUCCUGUUGAAACUCUUACUUCGUCUUCCAACUCUGCCAACCAUUGAUUUUCUUGAUGUUUAACAUGUGGUAUGUUAAUUCUUCCUAAGAUUAAGAAUGAUUGUCUCAUUAUCGUACUA